AUGGGCCUAUCCGUUGUUGGAGCUGCAUGGGGUAUCUUCCUUACCGGAUCCUCGAUUCUCGGCGCCGGCGUCAAAGCUCCUCGAAUUCGAACCAAGAACCUCAUCUCCAUCAUUUUCUGCGAAGUCGUAGCCAUCUAUGGGCUUAUCAUGUCCAUCAUCUUCACGAGUAAGAUCAACGACCUCGACCCGGCCUCUAUCGACUCCCCGCCACCGCUUUCGUCGCCUACGCCAUUUUCUGGGUGCUUCGUUAAGAUCCUUGUUGUCGAGAUCUUCAGCUCCGUCCUCGGUCUAUUCGGCCUCAUCAUUGGCCUCCUCGUCUCCGGCAAGGCAGGUGACUUCACCUCGGUCGCGCGGCCAUGA